CACACAUUUGCAGAGAGCAGGAUCCUCAGGCCUCCAUCAUGUGGGCCCCUGCCUCCAGACCAUGCCUUUCUCCUCACCUGCUGCUGGCUCUGCUGUGGGGACUCACAGGUGUGGCCGGUGAGGCGGGGCUGCAGGUGAUCCAGCCUGACAAGUCAGUGUCUGUCAUAGCUGGACAGACAGCCACUCUGCGCUGCACCCUGACCUCCCUGCUCCCCACAGGGCCGGUUCAGUGGUUCAGGGGGACAGGGCCAGGUCGGGAGUUAAUCUUCAGUUUCAAAGGAGGACACUUCCCCCGAGUAACAAAUGCUUCUGAUGCCACAAGGAGAAACGCCAAGGACUUUUCCAUCCGCAUCAGUAACAUCACCCCAGCAGACACCGGAACCUACUACUGUGUGAAGUUCCAGAAAGGGACCCCUGAUGUGGAGUUUAAGUCUGGACCAGGCACCCAGGUCACUGUGAGUGCCAAACCCUCUCCCCCCGUGGUGUCGGGCCCCACGGCCAGGGCCUCGCCGGAGCAGACAGUGAACUUCACCUGCAAGUCCCACGGCUUCUCCCCCAGAAACAUCACCCUGAGAUGGUUCAGAAACAGGAAUGAACUGGCAGCCUCCCAGACCAGUGUGGACCCAGAGGGAAACAGAACGUCCUACAGCAUCUCCAGCACAACCAGGCUGGUGCUGGCCCCGGGGGAUGUUCACUCCCAGGUCAUCUGCGAGGUGACCCACGUGACCCUGCAGGGGAGCCCUCCUCUUCGUGGGACUGCCAACAUGUCUGAGGUCCUCCGAGUUCCGCCCACCGUGGAGGUUUCCCAGAAGCCCGUGUCAAGAGACCAGGUGAAGGUCACUUGCCAAGUGAAGAAGUUCUACCCCCAGCACCUCCAGCUGACCUGGCUGGAGAACGGCAACGUGUUCCGAACAAAAAAGGCCUCAAGGUCCCCGAACCUCAUAAAGAACAAGGAUGGGACAUUUAACUGGACGAGCUGGCUCCUGGUGAACUCAUCCGCCCACAGGGAAGACGUGGUGUUCACCUGCCUGGUGCAGCACGACGGGCAGCCCGCGGUCACCAGAAACUGUACCCUUGUGGCCUCUGCCCACCAGGACGACCAGGAGUCAAGGCCAUUUACUCCAUUCCUGAUGGCUGUCAUCCUGGGCCUGAAGCUGUUGCUGCUCAUCACUGUCUCUGCCAUCUAUGUCCACAAGAAGCGAGUGCCGGAUUGUGUCCCAAGAGGAAAAUAGCACCGAGGACAUAAGAGACACGUGGGAAACAUUUCUGGAAUGCUGAGCAGAUAAUCAACUGUGAACAUGGGUUCCACAGCUCUUCCCUUUCUCCCCUACUACUUGCCACCCUCAGUCUCUGCUUGCUCCUUCCUUCCUUGAGGGGCCCAGGCAAAGACAAGGAACAACUAGAAGCUUCCCCAACUCUGCCCCAAAUACCUUGCUUCCUCCAGAGACCCACCUGCCCACAGUACCUUCUGCUCCUUCUCACAAUCCUUGAUACCCCCAGAGCUGGGUGUUCACAGCACGUCCUCAGCAGGGGUCAUGGGAAGUUGCUCUGGGGACUGAUGCAUGGGUAUCUGCCUGAAUGUGAGAAACAAGUCACAUCUACACACACCAGGUGCCUCUCAUUCAUCUUCUGGGGACUGUGGCCUGAACUACGUGCUCACGUCCAUGUUCCUGGGAGUUAUUUCUGCCAACCCCCGACAUUCUAGCCUUGUUGAGGUUCUUCACUGGGUCUUCAAUAAAAUGAAUCUCAUCCUGGUUUGAAGAAGAGAAAUGAUUCUCCUUCCUCUUUGUCUACAUGUCCUACUCCUCUGUCCCAGGGACAAGAUGCCCUCCUCCCUGUGAUGGGAACACUAGCUCUUCUGUCACCUUCAUCCUUCCCAGCCCCACUGCUCAUGCACAUGAGCUGGCAGUUCAGAAGCCUGGAGCCAUCCUCGGUUUUCUAACUUUAUAUCCCAUCUUCGAUUCUGCCUUCAGAAUGCUGUGUCCAGUGGCGAGAUGUAAAUGUGAAGCAGUCUACUCAGGGAAAGGAAAAGAAGCCUGAUUUGUAGCGCUUGUGGGCUUCCGUGGUGUCAACACUCCCAAUGUGACCAAUGGCAAGCUACCAACAGGUUAACAACGUGCUUGCAACAUUCUGGAAAAGCUCUCAAUAGGGAGUGCAAGCCUCCUCCCAAAAUCUAUGAGCUCCACCCGGAAUC